AUGGCCCACUACCGACGCAACGAUGCGCCGACUAAUCUGGCUAUUGAUGCGACCUCACAAAUACGAAGAGAGCAUGCGGUUGCUCUCACGGACACAAUCGAUGCCAGCAUGGGCUUUGAACGCUUUGACUCGGGGCCGCCGCGGGUAGGCUGGCUGGUCAAUUUUCAGGCCACCUCGCAAAGCGAUCCCAAUAUUCCGAAUGGCAAGGCUGCUGUGGAUUUUUAUUUUAUUGACGACGAGGGCGGCUGCUUCAAGUCGACCAUUCGCUAUGACCCUUAUUUCCUGGUGAAGUGCAGCCCGGGAAAAGAAGCCGACGUGGAGGAGUAUAUCCGCAAGAAUUUGGAAGGAGUUGUUAAGGAGACCAGGCGUGUCAUUAAAGAUGACCUGUCGCUACCCAACCACCUGAUCGGCCGCAAACAGUCCUUGAUUGAGGUCCGCUUUUGGAACGUAACGAACCUGUUAGCAGCUCGCAAAACUCUGGCGCCAUUUGCCGAAGCAAAUCAGAAGAAACUGGCACAGUACGCCGACUAUGGUGCGGAUUAUGCUCAAUCUGCGCUCAAUAAGAGCUUUUCGGCAAAAUCAGAUGCCUCUGAUUACAUUCUAGACAUAAGAGAGUACGAUGUGCCCUACCACGUCCGCGUCUCCAUUGACCUAGAUGUUCGCGUCGGUAAAUGGUAUACGGUAACAGCUGUGGAAGGAGUGGUUUCUUUGACUGAAUUCGCCCGUAUCGAACGUGCGGACCCCGUUGUCUUGGCUUUCGACAUCGAAACAACCAAACAACCUUUGAAAUUCCCAGACGCCGCUAUUGACUGCGUCAUGAUGAUCUCGUACAUGAUAAAUGGUGAGGGCUACCUGAUCACAAAUCGCGAAGUAGUGUCCAAGGAUAUCGACGAUUUCGAAUACACCCCCAAGCCCGAGUUCAAAGGCGAAUUCACUAUUUUCAAUGAAGCAAACGAGCGUGAUCUCCUGACAAGAUUUUUUGACCACAUCAAAGAAGAGAAGCCAACCGUCAUUGUUACGUUCAAUGGUGAUUUCUUUGAUUGGCCGUUUGUCGAUGCUCGUGCAAACGUUCAUGGCAUUAAUAUGUAUGAGGAGAUUGGGUUCAGGAAAGAUAUGGAGGACGAAUACAAAUCUGCUCACUGCGCGCACAUGGACGCUUUCCGCUGGGUAAAACGUGAUUCAUAUCUCCCGCAAGGUUCCCAGGGCUUGAAAGCUGUCACUUCAGCCAAGCUAGGUUACAACCCGCUUGAACUGGACCCAGAAAAAAUGACCCCCUACGCCAGUGAGAAACCCCAGGUCCUCGCUGAGUACUCUGUUUCAGAUGCCGUCGCAACUUACUACCUCUAUAUGAAGUAUGUGCAUCCUUUCAUCUUUUCUUUAUGCAACAUCAUUCCCCUCAAACCAGAUGAGGUUUUACGAAAAGGUACAGGUACCCUUUGUGAAAUGCUGCUAAUGGUCCAAGCGUAUCAGAAAGGUAUUCUUUUACCCCAUAAGCAUCAAGACCCGCUAGAACGAUUCUACAAUGGUCAUUUAGUUGAAUCUGAAACAUAUGUUGGCGGCCAUGUGGAGUCCUUAGAAGCUGGUGUGUUUCGCAAUGACAUUCCAACUCAUUUCUCUGUUGAUCAGAAUGCAAUUGAACAGCUGCUUCAAGAACUUGACGAAGCCUUGAAGUUCACCAUCCAAGUCGAGGCAAAAAUGGAUCUCCAAAAGGUUACAAACUACGACGAAAUCAAGCAGCAAAUCACUGAGAAACUCAUCAGUUUAAAAGAAGCUCCUUCGCGCACCGAGACCCCUUUGAUUUACCAUGUGGAUGUCGCCUCAAUGUAUCCCAACAUCAUGACGACAAACCGUCUUCAGCCUGAUUCAAUGGUCUCAGAGCGUGAUUGUGCAAUGUGCGAUUUCAAUCGUCCUGGUAAGGACUGUGAUCGUCGUCUUCCGUGGGCUUGGCGUGGUGAGUUCUAUCCUGCCGAGAAAAGUGAGUAUCUAAUGAUUCGCAAGACUUUAGAGCAGGAAACUUUCCCAAGGCCGAAUCGAGAUCGAAACGGUAAAAAGACCUUCCGAACAUUUGAUGAGCUUCCGCCCUUUGAGCAAGCCCAACUGAUCAAGAAGCGUGUUAGUGAUUAUUCACGCAAGGUGUACCACAAAAUCAAACAGACGGAAACAGUGGAGCGCGAGGCUAUCAUUUGCCAGCGCGAGAACCCUUUCUACGUAAACACCGUCCGUGAUUUUAGAGACCGCCGUUAUGAGUUCAAAGGUCUGCAGAAAGUGUGGAAGCGAAAGCUUGAUGAGGUACCAAAAUCCGAUAUCCCAAGUGUCGAAGAGGCUAAGAAAAUGAUUGUGCUCUACGAUUCCUUGCAGCUUGCGCAUAAGGUUAUUUUGAACUCGUUCUAUGGCUACGUCAUGCGCAAAGGAUCACGCUGGUACUCGAUGGAAAUGGCAGGUGUGACUUGCUUGACUGGCGCUACGAUUAUCCAGCUAGCGCGUUCCCGUGUCGAACAGCUUGGUCGUCCUUUGGAGUUGGAUACAGAUGGUAUCUGGUGUAUUUUACCAUCCUCUUUCCCCGGUGAUUUUAUGUUUACAUUCUCAGAUGGCAAAAAACUUCCAAUUGCUUAUCCUUGUGUAAUGUUGAACCACCUUGUUCAUGCAAAGUUCACAAACCACCAAUACCAGAUUUUGGUGGACCCGGGUACUUUCCAGUACGAGACAAUCAGUGACAAUUCUAUUUACUUCGAAGUCGAUGGCCCCUACAAAGCGAUGGUUUUACCCACUUCGACAGAGGAGGGCAAGAAUCUGAAAAAAAGAUAUGCCGUUUUCAACAUGGACGGCUCACUUGCCGAGCUCAAGGGUUUCGAAUUGAAAAGACGUGGUGAACUUCGAAUCAUCAAGGCUUUCCAAUCCCAAAUUUUCAAAGAAUUCCUGGAGGGCGUUUCUCUAGAAGAGUGCUAUGGUGCAGUUGCAAAAGUUGCCAAUGCUUGGCUCGACGUGCUUGAUACACGAGGAAAGCACCUCGAGGACGCUGAUCUUAUGGAUCUCAUUUCAGAAAAUAAGGUAAUGAGCAAAUCACUGAAAGAUUAUGCUGGUCAAAAAUCAACUUCCAUCUGUACCGCACGCCGUUUAGCAGAGUUCUUGGGCUCCCAGAUGAUCAAGGAUAGCGGCCUAGCCUGUCACUAUGUCAUUUCCAAGUUACCAUAUGGUGCUCCUGUUACCGAUCGGGCUAUUCCUGUUGAAGUCUUCUCGGCGGAAUAUGAGGUCAAGCGCAAGUUCUUACGCGCCUGGUUGAAAUCCCCGGGUCUUGAGAACUUCGAUCCCCGGGAAAUUAUAGAUUGGGACUACUACCGUGCACGUCUGGCUUCUACAAUCCAAAAAAUCAUCACUAUUCCCGCUGCUCUUCAAAGUGUUUCGAACCCUGUCCCACGUGUGGCCCACCCAGACUGGUUGAACAAGCGUGUUGCCGCUAUGAACGAUCGAUUCAAACAGAAGAAGAUCACUGGUUUUUUCACCAUGCCAUCAGAAAAGUCUGAGCUUUUGAAACCUAAGCAAACCCUUGUUGACAUUGAAGAUGUGCUUUCGACCGGUCUAGGUGUUGAAGUUAACGGACAAAAGCGAGCGGUAGUGCACAAACGUAAAGCUGGAGAAGAUGAUUCGGUUGGUGCUGAUGACCUCGCUGUAUUGGAGAUUUCGAACGAUACAGUCGCACCUGACCCUGAGGACGACUACUCUGCUUGGCUGCGUUAUCAAAAAGUCAUUUGGCAGAAGAAAUAUGAGCAAAGAGAAACUCGCCGAAAGCUCUUUGGCGACAAGGUUUCCUUACGCUAUAACAGAGGUGUUACGGGAAUGCUGCGAAAUCAGGCCGAACAAGCAUUUUCCGGGCGCUCUUGGCAUAUUGUUCAGGUGACGGCAUCCCCAGGAAAACUUGGCCAAGUCCAAGCUUUUAUCUGGGUGAAUAGUCGUAUCCAAAAGAUCAAAAUUAAUGUUCCACGGCGAUUUUUUGUGCAGUUCACUGAUGUCCCCAAUUUGACACUUCCUAGUGGCAUCACUAUGGAAAAAAGUUCAAAAUCACUCCCGCAUGGCGUCUCGAACGACAAUCUCUAUGAAGUCGUGAUGUCCGAGGAAGCAUAUCAAGAUGAGUUAGCCAGGGGAGGUGGUUUGUUGAAACAACAAACAGUCAAGGGCGUUUAUGAAACUCAGCUUGAGCCCCGAGACCGCGUCUUGUUAGAAAUCGGAACUUUAUGUUCCCUGGACAGCUCUCGUCCCGGCAUUUUGGGUAAAGGUUUAGAGUCCGGCUUCGAACUGGAGUGGCUCAGACCUUACCGCCCACGGAAAGGUGCAGAGCAUGAGCCUAUUCCCUACCUGAAGAGUACGAAUCUCGGCUAUAUCUUCUUGCAACACUAUGAGAUCUCUAAUCAGGUGUUUAUUGCUGUUACCACGAGCUGGUCUUCUAAGGCUUAUUUGGUGCAUUACUCUGCAAGUAAUGUGAACGCAAAUGAGCCUCUUCGUGUGGGGGCUAUGUACGGCGACAGCUUCACCUCUCUACAGUCGUCAGAUGUGAGCCAACCUUACUUCAACUUCCAAGAAAAUUUGGAGUUUGAUACCAUUAACUGCUCAAGUCUCUCGAAGGUCUAUACACACACAAACAACAUCUUAUCAGAUAUUUUGGCAGAGCGGGGCACGCAUGCGGUCUUGACAUUACAGUCGGCGCGCAUUGAGCGACUGUACAAUCGGAUAAGGGCAAUCGAUGACUUUGCUAGUUUCGAAAUCAAAUCCCGUGACGGUGUCCUUCCGUCGGUUGGUUGGCAGCCUGCAUUAUCCAAACGCAUAGUAAAGUCUUACUUCCGUCUCCAGUACUGGAUCGAGCAACUUCACAGCAAAGCUAUUUUCAGCAAUAUCCCAAUUGGAAAUCUCAACAGUGGAGACAGCAAUGAUCUUAUCGAUAUCUUGUUCGCCCGAAAGCUGCUUAAUGACAAUGUCGUUCUCUGGUGGUCCAACAGACCACUUCCUGACCUGGGAGGUGGAGAAGCUGGUAAUGUACUAGCUAAUAAUGAAGAGACUGUGAUCCCCUCGUUCAACAAUCCUGGUUUCUACGGCAAGGUCUGCAUUGAUAUUGACGUCUCUAAUCUGUCUGUGAACAGUAUUCUCACCGCCGUUCUCUUCAACGCAGCUGAUGGUUUGGACUUUAGCGAAAACAAUUCUCUGUUUGGUCAGAAUAAGUUAUCCGCUUCUGCUCUCUCUGCGUUGAGCAGUCUUGUAAAAGAGUGGUGGUCUACAGCAGCUAAGGGUGACGUUGUUGCAGAUAAUCUUAUUCAACACUUUAUUACAUGGGUGUCGUCUCCACAAUCCAAGAUGUACGACCCUCCAUUGCUGUACUACGUGCAGAACUUGAGUCGCAAGGCGCUUCUUCAACUAAUAGGUGAGCUUCACAAUUUUGGUGCUCGGGUUGUGUUUGCCGAUAUGAACCGACUACUGGUGGUCACAUCGAAUGCACAUGCGGUGAACACGCUCGCAUUUGGAUCUUUUGUGAUCAAAUCGAUCAAGUCGAAUCCGCUGUUCACCUAUCUGGAUGUUAGCAUCCGUGAAUACUGGGACUAUUUGAUGUGGCUAGAUAAUGCAAACUAUUGUGGCCGCGUGUGCAAACCCAGUUUGAGUGAGACUCCAGAGCUAUCACAUGUCAGUGAUUGGAACAUUGCGCACUAUUUGCCUAAAAUUCUUGAGCAAGAAUUCCAAGAAUGGAUCUUCCAGCUGAUGCAGCAUGUUGGCGAAGCCAAAGACUUGUUCCACAAAGAUGAGACCCGUGCAACGCAGAUUGCGGGUACUGUGAAGGAGAAUGCAGAGGAGAGUUUUACGACUGGCAUUCUAAAGGCCCUCGAGGCGCCUCUUGUUAAUCGCAUGAAGCAUCUCAAUCGCAGGUACAUUGAUGGUCGAGCAAUUGCUGAUGUUUCGAAAGAGUUCGAAUUCCCAAAACUUGCGGGUAGCGUCGCCAACCUUAAGAACCCUAUCUUGGAGCUUAUCAAGUAUAUUUGUGCUGUGUAUGGACUUGGGUCGUCAAACGAACCUGAAUAUUUGCAGCUCCGUCGCAAGCUGCUCGAAGUAGUUCGAGUUGGUGAGUUCGAUCCUGAUGCACAAUUUAGGAAUCCCUCCGCUGAUCUAGUGCUGAAUGGAAUUGUAUGUCACAAUUGUGGAUAUACAGAGAGUAUCAACAUCUGUCGGCCUGAAUUGGAGCACGAAUUUGGCUGGUCAUGCAGCUUAUGCAGAGCCUCUCUUGAUCGCGUUUUCCUCGAAGAAAAACUGGUUGAGCUGGUGGUUAAAGCGGUGUGUCUCUACCAGAUCCAAGACUUGAAGUGUUCUAAAUGCAGCCGUAUCCGUGCGGACGAUAUGGCCUACUAUUGCGAAUGCUCUGGUGCGUUUGUUGGGACCAUACCUAUUUCGACUCUGCGGAAGGAUCUAGCAGUCUACAACCACGUUUCAGAGUUUUUCGACUUGAAGCUUCUUCAGAGUGUGCUUUCUGGACUUAAUUGA